CGCAUGCGCUGUGGGGAAAGUGAAGCCACCGUGGUUUCUGGGACAAGGCCGCGCAAGCUCCGCCAAGAUGUCGAUGUCCCUGAGCUCCAACACCUACAACCGGCAGAACUGGGAGGACGCGGAGUUUCCGAUUCUGUGCCAAACGUGUCUCGGAGAAAACCCGUACAUCCGCAUGACCAAAGAAAAGUAUGGGAAGGAAUGCAAAAUCUGCUGCCGCCCAUUCACGGUGUUCCGCUACUGCCCCGGCGCACGCAUGCGCUUCAAGAAGACCGAGGUGUGCCAGACAUGCAGCAAGAUGAAGAACGUGUGCCAGACGUGCCUCCUCGACCUGGAGUACGGUCUGCCUGUGCAGGUUCGAGACUCGGCCCUGGCCCUCAAGGACGAGAUGCCCAAGUCGGACGUCAACAAGGAGUACUACACGCAGAACAUGGAGCGCGAGAUCCAGAACUCUGACGGCACGACGCCCGUGGGCUCGCUGGGCAAGGCGCAGGCGCCCAGUGACAUGCUGCUCAAGCUGGCGCGCACCACGCCCUACUACAAGCGCAACCGCCCGCACAUCUGCUCUUUUUGGGUGAAGGGCGAGUGCAAGCGCGGGGAGGAGUGCCCCUACCGGCAUGAGAAGCCGACGGAUCCGGACGACCCCCUGGCUGACCAGAACAUCAAGGACCGCUACUAUGGCAUCAACGACCCCGUGGCCGACAAGCUGCUGCGGCGUGCGUCCAGCAUGCCGCGCCUCGACCUGCCCAGCGACCGCACCAUCACCACGCUCUACGUGGGCGGCCUCGACGACUCCAUCGGAGAGACGCAGCUGCGGAACCACUUCUACCAGUUUGGGGAGCUGCGCAGCGUGACGGUGGUGCCGCGCCAGCAGUGCGCCUUCGUACAGUUCACGACACGGCACUCCGCCGAGCAGGCGGCCGACAAGUCCUUCAACAAGCUCAUCAUCAACGGGCGGCGCCUCAACAUCAAGUGGGGCAGGUCGCAGGGAGCACCGAGACCACGGGAGGAGAUCAGGGCUGGCAAGACCAUGACGGAUACGGGUGCCAGGCUAGAGCCUGUACCGGGCCUGCCGGGAGCGCUGCCGCCGCUGCCCCCGAUGAGCGGAGGAGAGUCUGGCGAGGAGCAGACGGAGGCGAAUUACUUCAACCUGCCCCCGGCCGUGUCCCUGCCCCCACCGCCCCCCCUCAUGGGCAUGAGGCUGCCACCACCACCCGCAAUGGGCUCCAUGCCCCCCGGGUUCGGCCCUGGCGGAUUCCUGCCUCCGAUUCCUCCGCCGCUGUUCAUGAGGGGCCCCGUGCCCAUUCACUAUCCCUCGCAGGACCCUCACCGCAUGGGGGCCCACACGGGCGGAGGGGGGAAAUCCCAGCAGUGACUGUCUCCACAAGAUCAGCCGUCGUCGCCGCCUCCAAGAUCUGCCCUCACAAUAUCCCGCCAUUCGGCUUUCGGUGUUUGCUCUGGUCGGCAAACUCGUGGAGACCACUCCAAUGCCUGUCCCGGCAAUCGGCCCUCCCCGCCAUCUUGCACACGCUCGCCUGCCCAUAUUCUCUUGGUGGACAUACCUCGUAUCUGUGUCUCGGAAAUUUGUCCCCCAAUGCCAACAACUUCUUCACGAUCUGCUUCGUAAGAUGUCUCGGCAGCGACGCUGCAAUGGAACGUCCAGUCAAAGUCUCCCCAUCAGUUGUGCGCAAUUUAGUCCUGUUUGCAUUUUUAAUGCAGUCCGUCAGCUGUUUUCCAAACUACCACUGCAAGUGUGGUUAUUGAUAAAAUAACUUCAAGGGCUGCAAGUUUACUGACCAUUCAGCUUAUUCCUAACGGCACCGGUGUGUCAAUAACUAAGUAAACUCCUGGAAAUGGAUUAUGCAUAAAACUGAAGCUGGACUCGAUGCACACAACUGGCACUCGUUCAAUUUUGGAAUAAUUUGUGAAAGGUCUGCAUCUCUCUUUUGAAGUGGGCGCUGACACAGCAAUCGUCUGCAUUGGUGGCCUUAAGCCAGUCGUGGAUAUUCCACAUUCCUAUGACAGGGCCUGUUUUUUUAUUAGGACCGCGGGUUGCUUAACUAUUUGGUCAUACUUUACCACUGUUGACUUACCACAAAGUGAUACAUUCUGUUCUCCUCUAACGAGGUGGUUGCGCUCCUGAAGAACACCGUGUUAUGGAGAAAUCGCAUUAUAAUAAAUGAUAUAGGGGUAAAGCACAGUCCGCGAUAACACGUGAUAUGCGUUUGCAGAUGUGUAGCGUCGAGAAGCAUCCAGGAUUCCUCGCGUGUGUGAUGCUACGCCGAGGCAGCCGUACAACCACUUAUUUCUACUCGCGCGGCGUAGUUCUGUUCACUCGAUCGCGUUAUAUCCAAUUCGCAUCCCGCGUUAUAAAAAAGUGGUCCCUUAAUACAUUCAUCGCAUUAAAUCCAAUUCACGUGAUGUAAACACAAUGCCUUAUAGGAGACCAGACUGUUCUUAUUUUAUUCACCCCGCAGAAAUGAUGCGCCGUGUUGACCCCCGACUGGGCUUUGAACCUGCAGGCUUGAUCUUGUGAGUGGAGCUCUCUCACCGCAGCGAGCGUGCGAGUGUAUGCACAACCUGUGUUUGGUUGUGGUGAAGCAGCGUUGCACUGCGCUACCACUCCCGCACCACCGUCCCAUUGCUCAUGCCGCAGCCCUUUUCUCUCCUCCGCUUGCGUUCACCGUUUUGAUCGGAGUUGGCUACAGCUGCAGCUGUCUGCUUCGCUGCUUGCGUGGUCUCUGGCCAGUGCUGCUCUGCGGCCCAGGUAAACGUCACGCAUGUUGCAGCAGCAGCAGCAUCAGCAGCAAGGGGCCCCAUGUGACAGCAGGUAGGUCGUCGUUGCUGGGUGGCGUGCGAUGGCGGCGGCUCGUGAAAACGCACGCUAUAUUGUAAAGCAAGUCAAAAAAGAGUUUGUAACGUGUUCGUUUAAACACGUAUUUACGAAAAUGUCUGGGUGUUUUUUUUAUUAUUCGAAGCAUAUGUUCAAUAGAGACCUUUACUUUAUGCUGGCUUUGUAAGCUUGUGUCGGGAUCUUCCAAUAUUGGGAUAAAGCGCCUUAACUUUGUAUUUGCGUUUAAUGAUUUUGUUCCGUUAUCAAACCGGGCCACACGCCUGACAACAAGUGCGAGCGUUUUAUCCGCACUCCACGACGUUGCUCGCUUGGCUCUGGAUUCGUGCCGAGCCGCGCGUGCCAAGAUUGUACGUACGGGUGAGCUUGCACGGCACUCGCCGAUCUGCAGGGAACGUUGGUUGGCCACGUGGUUCAGGGUGAUGCCCAUUUCCCAUGGAGAGACGCAGAGUCGGCACCACUGAUAUAUCCUGGGUUUAAUCCUAGUCGCAGGGCGUGUUCGGUGAAAGCCCGCCCACGAGUUUGUGAAAUUCCGAACGUUGGACAUGGCUGGGAAUCUUACUCUGGUCGCCCCAGUUCAUUGUGCAGCGUGCUAACCACCGUUCCACCACGACACCGUAGCCUAAUCCUUACCAUAACAAUAACAAUAAACUUGGGUGAAACCAAAUACGUCGCUUCUUCUCAAUCGGAUUUUGUGUUCCCCCAUAACCAGAUUAAAACUACUAACAGACGUCGCAUUCCCGUAGUUUUUUUUGUACGAUGUAAGAACAGUUGACUGAAUUGUAUACGCGUUGGUGGAAAGGCAGUUUGUGCCAAUAUUUGACGGAAAUGGCCAAAUCCCGUUGAUUUUUCUGUCCAUUUGGUCUUUUUUUUAUCCUCCAAAAUCAAUUGGCACAAACGCGUGGUUUUUGCCCACGGUGCGAUUCAGGGCGGCCUAGCGUGAGCCAAGCUUGUUAUGUGUCACGUUUGAUUCAAAACACUUUUUUUUGUUUUUACAUUGUCCCGCUCGCUCUGAUUUUAGAACCUUACCGCGCGAAGUAGUUUUUUGUAACUGCGUGCGAUGUCCCAUCAUUUUCCAGAUUAUUUUUCAGGUUCUCUUGGCGUCUUAGUAAUAAACGACACCUUUCAAAAUAAACGUGUCCUGACGGA